AUGGUGCACAAAGAUCCCGAGGGCUACAUUUCGGACUCGUCCUCCUCCAUCGACGAUGACAACGACUACGGUGACUGGCGCUCCGACGAUGACAACGCGGCUACCACCCUUGCGCUCUUUGCGGAUUCCUCCACGUCGAGGCCUUCCUUUGCGUCCCCGCUGGAGGCGCUCGCUCACGCUAAGAGCCAGGGUUGCGAUCUUGCCGCGCUCGUUGCACGCCUCGAGCUGGACACACUCCAGGUGAUUCGUCUCAUCAACCAUAUUCGUCGGAACAAUCUCACGCCCGAGCAGGUCAACGCGAUCACCCGGGACAGUGGCGUCCUGUUGGACGAUGCGGAGCUCAAGCCGGUCCCCGGCUUCGAGGACGAUGGGUUACUGCAGGUGGAUUUCGACCUGCUUGCACUUCCCACCUCCAGUGACGCUGCCGGUUCAAGCGAAAAGUCUCGUAUCGCCGAGCUCGAGUCGCAACUAGCCACCGCGCGUGCAGCUUUCGAAGAGCUCCGCACGCUCCACGCCACCACCCUCGGUCUCACCCCCUCCGACCUCACCGAUUCGUCCACCUCCCAACUCACCGCUCACCAACGCUCCUCCCUCGCCACCUCGGCUGCCCGCACCAAACGCGGAGCGAACGACGCCGAAGACGACAUCCUCUACUUUGACAGCUACUCGACCAACGGCAUCCACCAAACCAUGAUCACCGACUCAGCACGCACGUUGAGCUAUGCGCAGUUCCUGCUCCAUCCGUCUAACUCGCAUUUGAUUCGGGGGAAGGUGGUGAUGGAUGUGGGGUGUGGGACGGGCAUUUUGUCGCUCUUUGCGGCGAGAGCGGGGGCGAAGCAGGUGAUCGCCAUUGAUGCGUCGGCGAUUGUCGAGCGCGCACGGGAGAACGUCGAGGCAAAUGGCUUUGGGCACGUUGUCAAGGUUCAUCGUGGCAAGCUGGAGGAUUUUACCUCCGAACUCGAGGCGUGGGAGGGAAAAGUGGAUGUACUGGUGAGCGAAUGGAUGGGGUAUUUCUUGUUGUAUGAGAACAUGCUCCCCUCGGUGCUGCUCGCUAGGGAUCGAUAUCUGAACCCGGAAACCGGAGUUCUGGCGCCAAACAGGAUGACCAUGCACCUCGCCGCCUUCUCCUCCUCCAAGUUGAUCAACGACAAGCUGCGCUUUUGGGACGACGUCCACGGGUUCAACAUGACCAGCAUGACCACGGGGUUGUUGGACGAGGCCUUCGUCGAUGUGUUGGACAAGGACGAUGUGGUAUCCGACAGCUAUGUGUUUGCGGAUCUCGAUCUGCCGCGGUUGCCAGUGAAGCAACCGGAGCCGGAAAGCUCGUUCGAGCUGACCAUCAGCGCAGAUGGCUCGGUGCACGGCUUCAUUAGUUGGUUCGAUACGUUUUUCUUCCCCUCUGCACGGGUCCCCACCGACGCCUCGACGGAGUGUCCCAAAUUUUCGCUCGAGGACAAAGACGUGGUGGGAUUGGAUCUCAAGAAGAACGCCACCACCGCCACCGGGGAUGACGAGGGCAAGGGCGAACUGGUCAGCUUCUCCACCUCACCUUACAGCAAAGAGACCCAUUGGCAACAGACGCUCUUCGUCCUCAAGGAACCUAUCACAGGCGUGCAAAAGGGUGACAAGAUCAAAGGUCGCAUCGUGGUGCUCCAGGACCAAAAGCAUAGCAGACAGCUCGAGGUCGAAUUGCACUACCUCCACGUUCCCGCCUCGACCGAGAGGCCAGAGGGGAAAAAGAAGGUCGAGACGCAGCUCGUGCAGGUCUUCAUGGUUCGAUAG